GUUUCCAUUGGUCAUGGAUACAGUGGUGCAACCGGUACCGUCAGUGUUUCUUCCUCGGUCGACCCGCUUGUCACUCCAAUCACCUGUUCCACGACAGUUCGACCAGGUCCGACCACCGAUUCGUGUCCGCGGCGAUCUUCGCGGUCCCCAUCAUUUUACAGUUCCCCAUCCAAUCCGUACACACAGGAUAUUCCUACAAACUAUCCGGACAGUGGUCGUAAUCCACGCAAUCUGUCUCAGUUCAAUCCGAAUGCCUAUUAUAACCAGUAUUUUUCUCAGUACAUGCGAUCGAACGAGUUCAAUUCACUCCAAUCCAUUCUGCCCCAUUUGGACUCACCUUUGGCCUAUUCCGAUCAUUCGUUAUCCAAUUUGGGACAUCCGUACGACUAUCCGUAUGCGUCGUAUGCACACUACACUUCGCAACCGGUUGGUCUUCCAUUAGUCCACGAACCCUAUCCCAAUCAUCCCUAUACACAUCAAUCAAUGAAUUCCGGUCCGACCCAUCAUUCAGGAUAUUUUCCUCCGGCAAAAUUAACCCGAGGUGCGAGCAAUAUGCAAACAGUGUCCACAAAUUCCCUCUCACCGAAUUCAGUCAGCUCAAAUCCACCGUAUUUGGACUAUCACGGAUCAUCCGUACCCAGUCGACCUUCAUCCCGAUCUAGGAUGGGAAAAAUAACCUCGUUGAAUGGUCAAACCAGACGGGAAAGAAUGCUAAACGGUGACGGGGAGCAUGAACGAUCCACAGCGCGAUCGACGGAACGUGGAAACGCAGAAGAAACCGGUGAGUGA